AUGUACAUUAAGCUUAUUCGAACUACUCGCCCAGAACGAAGUUCUAGCUCCAUUAUGUCGAUGUAUAAGACGAUCUGGCUGUCCAAGAAGAGAAAACAUGGCAAAUCGAUACGCUUCCGAUUAAUUUCAGACUUUGGAGGCUGUCCAAAUUUGGUUUUAAAAAUUGGACCAACCGGUAGGCGUUCGUGA